AUGGCCAGGUCGGACGCACACCUCAUCCGCUCCCAGCAAGCAGCAGCCUCAGGCUCAGCCCAACCACCCCCACCAGCCCAGGAAACCACCAGCACCAAUACCGAGGAACUCCAGCAGACCAUCGACGCCCUCCUCUCUCAGAUUUUGAUGAGGACACUUGGAACCAGGUAG